AUGCCGCCGCGUCCGAAGCGCCCGCGAGAGGGGGAACGAGCAAGUCACGCACACGAUAGUGAUGAAGAUAGGGAUGAGGAGGAUGAGGAAGAGCUCGGCGAGGACCUCUUUGGGGAGAACUACGAGCAGGACUACCUUAACCCUGAGGAUGAGAGCGAGGUCGCCGAGGACGACGUGACCAACGACGUGGAUUGGAUCGAUGACGCCAGUGAUGUGUCAGUUAUUUCAGAAUCGGGCCGCUUGGCCGUAGAUGCUUUACUGGAUAGGCGAAAGGAAAUGGAGCGGCGGCUACGCGAGGAACAGCGGGAGCUGGAAAAGGGUGUGUUUAGCGACGUUGAUGAUGAGGAGUCGCUUAUUAGCGCGGAGGGUGAUUACUAUGAUGCUGCAACUCGAGGUGAAGACGGUGGGGACGAUGACGCUGGGCGAAACGGGGGCGAUUUCAACAAUGGAGAGGGUGGAGGCACUGACCACGCCGGAGACAGCAAAGAUGAUGGCGUGUACGUUCGUGGUGACAUUGAGGCUAUGGACUUCGAUUGGCGUCAACCGCAGUGCGAAUUGGUGGAGUGGCUUGCACAGGAGCUUCCACGGCGGGUUGUUAAAAAUCGCAUUUACAACUUCUACUUGAACUACGUGGAGCAUGGUGUAAGUGUGUAUGAACAAAAGGUGAAUUUAAUGACGCGAGAAAAUGAACAAAGUUUUCAGUUGAGUUAUAGCCACUUGGGUCGCGCCUACGACUCGGUGCUGGCGCUCUGGUUAGUAGAUGUCCCUGAUCUUAUGAUCGAAUUAUUAGAGGAUGCUGCAAACUACUUCGUCUUCCGUCUAUUUCCACACUAUCGGAAGGUGCAUCGGCGCAUAUUGGUCCGCAUUUGUGACUUGCCGUUGUGUGAUCCUAUUCGUGACUUUCGUCAAAUUCAUAUGAAUGUCUUGGUACGCGUGGAAGGUGUUGUGAUUCGACGCUCUCCCGUUUACCCCCAGAUGCAGGCAGUGAGAUAUGAUUGUGUUCACUGUAGUUACAUCAUUGGACCCAUUUACCAACGGGGUGACAAGGAGCAGCGGGUGAGUAUGUGCCCAAGCUGCCACAGUAAAGGACCCUUCCGAGUCAACAUGGUCCUCACCGAGUACCGCAACCACCAAACGGUACUGCUGCAGGAAUCUCCAGGAAAGGUACCACCUGGUCGUCUCCCACGCAGCUUGGAGGUGAUACUGACAAACGAUCUCAUCGAUCGCGCCAAUCCGGGGGAGGAAGUGGAUGUCACGGGCAUUUACCGGAAUAAUUUUGAUCCACUUUUGAACAGUCGCCAAGGGUUUCCUGUCUUUACCACCGUACUACAUGCUAACAACGUGGUGCGUCGCAGUGCGGAGGUCGGGAGUUUUAGGCUUCCCGACGACGAACGCGUCCGCAUUCUGGAAUUGGCUAAACACCCAAAUCUAAAGCGUAAGCUGCUUCGCUCUAUUGCCCCAAGCAUUCAUGGCCGUGAUGAUAUCAAACUUGGUUUGCUGCUUGCCAUGCUUGGUGGGGUGCCGAAAGACGUGGGUGGUGAUCAGUCUCACCGUAUUCGUGGCGACAUCAAUGUGCUGCUUGUUGGGGACCCGGGGUGCGCCAAGUCCCAGUUCUUGAAGUUUGUGGAAAAGACGGCAAACCGUGCUGUGUUCACGACGGGACGGGGUUCGACGGCGGUGGGGCUAACGGCCUCUGUCCACAAGGACACUGUGACCGGGGAUUUUGUGCUGGAGGGUGGGGCACUUGUCAUUGCUGACCGCGGCAUUUGCCUGAUUGACGAGUUUGACAAGAUGUCUGACCAGGACCGCACCUCCAUCCACGAGGCGAUGGAGCAGCAAACGAUUUCUGUCGCUCGUGGUGGUAUCGUCACGACCCUCUCCGCGCGGUGCAGCAUUGUGGCAGCGGCUAAUCCAAUCGGCGGACGCUACGACCCGUCACUCUCGUUCGAUGCGAACGUCAACCUCACCACCCCCAUUCUCUCACGCUUUGACUUGCUGUUUGUUGUCCGCGAUGAGGUUAACGUGGAACUGGACGAAAAAUUGGCGACGUUUAUUUGCCGUUCCCACAUCCGCAACCAUCCGCGCUCCCAGGAGGAGCGCAAACGCACUGAGCGAGAGCUGCACCAGCAACUCUCCAUACUUCGUUACGCUCUGGAGAAUGCGUCGACGGAGGAGGAGCGCCGCGCCGCCGAAGAGCAGUUGCAAGGUUUGCGUUGUACUCUUCGGGAGAAGCCGCUUGAGGAGGAUGAGGACCCUUCCAGUAACAAACCGUUACCCCAACCACUGCUGCGGAAGUACCUCCUGUACGCCAAGGCACACUGCCACCCGCGCGUGUCAAACAUUGAUGCAAACACCAUUGCCCGGCUUUACACGGAGCUUCGACAGGAGUCGAAACACGGCGGUGUGGCAAUCACUGUUCGUCACAUGGAGUCCAUCAUUCGUCUUGCGGAGGCGCAUGCGCGUCUGUACCUUCGCGAUUUUGUUCGCGACGAAGACGUUAAUGCUGCCAUCUCUCUCUUUCUGCGUUGCUUUAUUCAGGCGCAGAAGUACAGUCUGCGUAGCGCGAUGGAAAAUCGCUUUCGUAAGUACUCGGACUCAGAAAUGGAGCCGCUUCCGCUCAUCCAGCACCACAUUAAGGUGGCGGUGCACUCCAUCCGCGCCUUUGAACGGCAAAUUUCCGGCGGAGUGGAGCCAACCAAAGUGCGCAUCGACGUCAGUCAGCUGGAGCACUGCACGGCGAACGUAUCGAGAGAAGCCCUUAAUGCAUUUUUUGAAUCAGAGGAGUUCAAAAAGGAUUACACGUUAAUUCGCGACCCCGCGACGGGGGCGGCGCUGCAAAUAGAACACUCUUUGGUAUAA